GAGCCGGCGGGAAGCCCCGCCCCCGCAGCGUGGAGCUCCGCCCAGUGCGGCGAAACCCCGCCCCAUCGCACCGAAGCACCGCCUUCGUGGCGGGAAGCCACGCCCCGGUGGCGAUAAGCCCCGCCCCCCGCGGCUCGCGGCCGGGCCGCUGCCGGCGGGGGGCGUGGCCUGCGCUUCCUCCCGGCCCGGGCCGGGGCCGGAGCCGAGCCCCGCCCGCCGGCUGUCCCGCCGCCGCUCCGCCCGCACCAUGUCCGACUCUCCCGGCGUCCCCGGGGACGUCUGCAGCCUCUUGGCAGAUGUUGAAACAUUUGUUUCCCAAACACUAAAAGGAGAAAAUCUGUCUAAGAAAGCAAAAGAAAGAAGGGAAGUUCUUCUUAAGAAGAUAAAGGAUAUUAAGGCAAGCUAUCCUCAAGCGUUCCCGGAGAAAGAGCUGGAAGAUGAGGAAGAGUCUGAGAACUCUCUUUCUUCGCCUCCUGAUAAUGUCUCAAUAGCAUCUGACCGAUAUGAUAAAGAGGAUGAAGGACCUUCUGAUGGGAAUCAGUUUCCUCCCAUUGCGGCUCAGGAUCUUCAGUUUGUUCUGAAGGCUGGAUACCUGGAAAAACGUAGAAAAGACCACAGUUUUCUUGGCUUUGAAUGGCAGAAACGUUGGUGUGCUAUCAGCAAGACAGUCUUCUAUUACUAUGGAAGCGACAAAGACAAACAACAGAAAGGUGAAUUUGCCUUAGAGGGCUACACCAUCAGAAUGAAUAAUAGCCUUCGGAAGGAUGCAAAGAAAGAUUGUUGUUUUGAAAUCUCUGCUCCAGAUAAGCGCAUUUAUCAGUUUACAGCUGCCACUCCCAAAGAAGCAGAGGAAUGGGUACAGCAAGUCAAAUUUGUAAUUCAAGAUACAGGAUCUAAUGCUAUUCCUGAGGAGGAGGAAGAGGAAUAUGAUGAUGUUGGACAAUCGAACAGCGAACCGAUAGAUGAUAGCAUUUAUGAAGAAGUUAAAGAAGAACGUCUGUCUUCAAAAGCUGAAGUGCCUAGCAAUGAGAACCAGGAGGAAGUUACCACUGUUUCAGAUAGCGAAAAUACCGAUUAUGCCAAUUUCUAUCAAGGUUUGUGGGACUGCACAGGAGAUGAAAGUGAUGAGUUGACAUUUAAACGUGGUGACGUUAUCUACAUUAUCAGCAAGGAGUACAAUAGAUUUGGCUGGUGGGUAGGAGAAAUGAAGGGAACCAUUGGCUUGGUGCCUAAAGCCUACAUAAUGGAGAUGUAUGAUAUUUGAGAGGCCUGGAAAACUGUGGAAGGGGAUGGAUAUUUGGACAGGAUUUGAUAUGCAUGUUUGAGGUUUUUUGGCUAAUGAUGAACUUUCAACUUCCCUCUCCCUAAUCAGGAGAAAUCUGCACUUGAAAUGAAGAGUGGUGUGCAGCUGCAGUUUACAGACACAGCCUCUGGAAGACGAUUCUGCCGUACAUGUUUUGCGGUUUCAGUGAAUGUAGUCAGAUCGCUGCCUCGUGUAUAUUAAAUAUUGUAAACUGUAAUUGAUCAUAACUUUACGGAAAUUGUCUUCUCAGGCACUUUUUAUAGAAUUUUAUUGCCACGAAAUUAAUAGAUGAUAAUUAACAUAUGGGGCACAAGCAGCCAUAUAGUGCCUGUUGCUCUUUUUUAACAUGUUAGCGGCACUCUGUAUAGCUGUACUUGUGUUCUCUCAGGGAAUUUUGCUAUCUUUUCCUGUUCUGCAGAUUCAGAAAAAUUACACAAGGCUUUGAGGGUAAACUCUUGCUCAAUUCAUGCAUGCAUCAACCUUUUUAUGCUCGCUGUAUAUCUGGUGCAGUUGUAUCAGGAAGUUGAGGGAAAUUUAUGUAUAAUAUUUCAAGUCUUCAGGGUAUUCUUUUUCCGGAUGUUUUAAAGUUAUGCUUUAGCCAAUGACUUAUUUUUCUCAUAUAUUUAGUUUUGUAUUGUUAAUUACUAUUUUGUUGACACACAAUGAAGAUUUGAUUCUUUUGCUGAUGUUAUAAAUGGGCCUGUGUGGUAAUACUGCCCUGGUACCAUUCUGACUUGGACAUGAUAAUUCUAUGGAAAUUUGUGAAAAUAUAUUAAACCCUACAAUUUUUGCUAAGUCAACACAAGCUAAAUUGCAGGUAAAAAUAUUUUUGUCCAUGGUAGUAUGAAAUAUUUUAUCUGUACCUUACUUUUGCAGAAUCAAAUCUGGAUACCUUGCUGAUAUAUGGAAUUCUGAUGUAGGUUAUGCAACAGAGAUCUUCAUCUUUACCCUGUGAGGAUUAGCAACAGCUACCUGCAUUCUUGUGUCAAAGCCAGAACUUUGUGGAUAAUCAAAAACAUUGAUUGAAACAUAAAAAAGUACACUAAAAUACUACCACUUGUGGAGAAGUGGUUGGGCAAGUCAGAGUUAAUACUUUACAUACUCUUCUUUGGGAGAUGUACCUUACUAUUAGCAUGCAAGAUCAACUUUUUUGGGUCCUCCCAGACAGUUGAUUUGUGAGACCCUUAAUCUGCCAAGGAGGCAGGUCAGGCCAGCCUGUGAGUUGCUGAGCCUGUGCAGGUCCCCGUGUAGUUGCUUGUGCUGUUUAUGCUUCAGGCGGACCCUGCAGACGCUGGGUUAAAAGGAAACGUCAGGCUGAAGUCGGAAUUUUGAUCCUUUCAGUAAACUAAGAUGUUGUGCUCUGUGUUAGCUAAUGUAUGGUACUUGCUGGUACACUGAAUUCUAAUAGGCGUCAAACGGGACCGAGUUUUGUUGUAAUUUUUUAAAGAGAUAGUCAUUGGAAUUGAUUCUGUGUGUUAUCAGCCAAGCAUUAAAAUGAUAGAUUAUAGUCUUCAGAUCUUUUACUACUUUAAUUUGUCAAGCGUACUGGUGGAUUGUGUACAGAAUGUGAAGCGUUAACAGCGGGGCUGGAAACGCUCCCUCUCCCUUGUUAACAUGGCAGCGCCAUAAAUCUGCCCACCGAGACGGCUUUUUAUUAAUUACAGAAUUCCGAAUCCCACCAGCAGCACCACCGAGUAGUUUUUAGGGGACAAGGCCUCGCCCAGCUCCCUGCGGGGCGGUGCGGUGGCAGGUCGCUGUCUGCGGGCGCGGUGCGGGGCGGUGCGGGGCGGUGCGGGGCGGGCGCUGCGCUGCGCGGCCGCGGCGCUGGGUGGCAGCAGAUUUUCGUGGCACGGCGGAGGCGGCUCCCGCUGCCCUCCCUGUCCCCUUCCCCCUCCGCGCCGCCCCGCGCCGCUUCUGCCGCUUUUCCAGGAGAGGGAGUCCUUAGCCAAGCGAUGAGGGGCAGAGCUGCCCUGCCUCGCCUGCCUGGUGACAACCAGAGACAUCAAGUGGCUUUUGUCUGUAAUUCUCUUUUAGGGCUUCCCCCUUCUUAGUACUUAUUGCUAGGGGUGAGGAAAUAAACUGCCUUAAAUUCUGAACGUGAAAGGUGUCCUGAAACUCACUGGUAAUGUCUCAGAAUAAACCAGCAAUGGACCACGGAUGAAUGGUUUACUUUAAAUCUGUAUGAAUACCAUAACCUUUUUUGGAUAAGAAAAUCUCAGUUAGUACAACUUAAACAAAACCGAGGCAGAAGAUGCUAAUUGCUUAAUUUUCUUUGUUCACUUAGACUGUGCUUGCCUUUCUGUAAACGGUGAGAGAGCAGAUUUUUAAAAUGUGAUUGUAACUCUCACAUUGUACAGCGUUUUACUUGAUUAUUUGCUGUGUUCUGGAUUUGUAUGGUACUGCCAUUAGAUCUUAUAAUAAUGUUCUACUCUGCAAAUUUUUAAGGUUCAAAUAAAGUUUAAUUGUUUGCAAACUGU